AUGGUAACAGAAACCAUCCCUGUGGUUGACUUGUCCAGCAAAAAUCUGAUCCACGGAACCCCGACUUGGGUUUCCGCUUGCAACGACGUCCGCAAGGCUAUGGAACAACAUGGCUGCUUCAAAGCCAUCUUCUACGGCGGCGGCGGCGGCGGCGGCGACAACUCUUCCAGCAGCACACUACUCCACAACGACAUAUUCGCCGCAGCUGGAGAACUAUUCAGCCUGCCGACGGAGACCAAGCAGAGGAACACCAGCAGCAAGCCUUACUUCGACUACUUCGGGCAAAGCCCACUCUUCCCGCUCACCGAAUCCCUCGCCGUCGACCAUCCCACCAGCUCUCUCGCCACUCGGAGCUUCGCCGACGUCAUGUGGCCCGCCGGAAACCUCAGCUUCUGGUAA